AUGGAUGACUUGUCGUUCAUAGUGGCUUUCAUCGCGCAUUACCAUGCCGACCUCGGACUCGCUCACAAUACCGAAUAUUUAGUGCAUGUUCAGGACAAACACAACGCUCUGGAACGACUUCAGCCCUUUUCUACGUGUGAACAGAGUGACUUUAUACCAGAUGAAAUCCUUCAAAUUCUUACUUCAACUGCACGAGGGAUUGAGAAGCCUGAACUGGGUCAAGUGAAGAAAACUAGACAUCUUAAAGAUGCAAAGGGUUACCUCCGUGCCACGGAUCAGGUCUGGCAUCAUCCUUUUCGCAGAAAUAGAUUUAAGCACCUGACUGACCAGCCUGUUUGUUUGACGGGGGCAGGGAGGGACAUUUCAUUCCUCUGUGAUGCUUUAGCGGUGGAGAAAAAGAACACAACAGUUACACAGUCAACAAGCCGAAGUGAUAAGACACCAAGGACAAUGGAACGAAGCAUCGAAGAAAGCCUUAUUCCAAACGAGUUUUACAUUGUGAAGAAUAAAGGUGUUUUGGGACUUGAGUAUUAUGAAGAUAAGUACACAACCCUGCUGGAAGACGAUGAAAAGAAGCUCCGCUUAUUUCCUUCGAUGAAACCAAGCGGGAGAGCAGAAGUCAUUCAACUGACAAAGGUGAUGGACGCCAUGCUAAAGCAAGCAGGUAUAGAUGAAGACGAUGUCCAACUGGAAGGGCCAACACAGAUUCACAAUCUGUUGGAACUGCUGAAGACGGAACAAAAUAUCUACAACAUUGUGUUUCAUGAGUUGAUCCGCCAGGUCAGCGUAGAGUGCGCGGAGAGAGGAGAACUACUAGCUAAGAUCAGACAACGAUAUGUAAUGUUACUCAAUAAGAUCCCGCGGCAAGUACUGGGUCUCUACAAUGACUUGCUGGCUCAGAGGGCAUUAGACCGAUGUCUUACUGAAGAGAUCAUUUAUUUCAAGAACUCAAUUGGAGAACUAACAGAUGAGUUAUAUCAAGUGAGGGAACAUGACUUGCGUGUGAGCAAAGAUGCAAAACAAGCACAGGCUGAAUUAGCUAAGGCCUUGAACAAUGCAAAGAAGAAUGCCAAUCUUUUAGAGGAGUAUCGGGAGUUGUAUGAAUUACAGAGAAGUCGCCUGGAGAAACAAUUAGCUCACCUCACUGAAGAAAGAGAUCUUUGGAGUUCUGCAACCUAUAGGCUGGCAAGAAAGGUUAUAGAUGAGAAUCAACUACAACUGGCUCGCAGGUUGUACAUGAGUGAGAAGACCUGGACGAAGAUUGUCCGACAUUUCAUUGUACUGCUUGCAUCAACUGACACAAAGGACCUUUCUGAAAUCCAGCAGAUCACAGAGCGAUGGAGAGAUCACACGAGCCGUUUCCAGCUAGAGCUACAGCGCAGCGAAGAGUCCACCAGAGAGAAGCUGCAGAUUAUCUGUAGAGACUUGAAGAAUUGGCAGCUGUAUUUUCAGGAGAAAGUUUUUGUGGAUUGGCGCUACAAUGGACUACCAGAAGAGGCGGCAAUAGCGAUACUGCAAGAUGUGAAGAACUGGGAAAAUAUGCUGGUCGAAGAACAACAACAGUUUGAGGGGCAUAAUGUCCUAAACAGUCAAGAGUCCCUAAAAGCUGCCUCUGAUAUUCAGAAAGAAUGGUCUCAUUUGGGAGAGAAAUUGCUUAAAAGACAUCAAGGCUUGGAUGGGAGCCCAGCUCCGGAGCACAAGGCCAUGGAGGACCUGAACAACGCCAUAGAGGAACUCCAUGAGCAAUACAGAAAAAGGGUAGAGGGGGAAAACGGAGUCGCCAAAGGCCUCAUGUCUUUUUCAAGCAGCCUGGAGAGCUGGUCAUCGCCAAUGCAUCCACUCAAACAUACACCUAGUGAAAUAAAAGAAUCUGAUUGGUCAAACCUAAAUCAUCUGCUUCCUGAUUGGAUAACCCAUGCAGAAAGAAUAUUGGAGCUGAUCGGCAACACAGAAUCGGAAGACACAUCCAGUGUGAUUGCUGUUACAAAAAUAGAACUGGAAGAUGUCUUGAAGAUGCUGCAGCACUGGGUACUGACCACAACGAACGGAACAGAGAGAGAUGAUCUGCAGCUCACACAAGAGGUAACAGAUCUCCACACAACAAUGGUGCAGUACAUGGUGAACGUUCUUAUGCUACUGUCACCAGACUACCUUUCAGAUUCUCUUCCUUCGGACACCACAGUUGUUGCUGGGUUUGAAGAAGAAGUGUUUCCAGCUGCUGUUCCUUUGCAGCAAAUGCAAAAAGAAGCUCUCUUCUUAUCUGAAAAACUGCAUGGCUUCUCUUGUUACAUUAUAAAAUGUUGCCAGGAGAUGGUGGAGAACAACCCUACAGUGGAUGAUGAUGGUUAUGAGCUGAGACAGCUACAGUCAAUAAAGAGUUCUUGUAGUGAAUGGAUUGAAACGUGCCAGCUGCUUCUUUCAAAACUUCCAGAGCCUGCUGCUCCCACAGAGACUUCAGGAAAUCCACAGCCCGGAGAGAAUACAGAGGAUAUGAAGAUAACGCUCAGUGAAAUACAACCACCACAUGAUGGCGCAAACCACGCAGAGGAUUCCCAAGAACAAGUUGCAGAAAGAGACAAAGGCCCUCUCAGCUCAGAGGUUAGGGUUGGCACAAAGGUCUUAAAGUCCGACACUACAGAGACUGCUGCCCUAGAUGUCAUGAGGAUCAUUGGCUAUGAUGGCAACAUUAGUAAGAAGUCUUUGAAGGAAGAGGAAAUUCCUGUUUUUCCACAGGGUGUUCUCACAGCUAGCCGGCCCAGCACCCCGCGUUCCAUACAAGCAUUUGAGUCCUUAACAUCUUUGGAGCAACUGGAAAAACGUCUGCUGAAUGCGGAACUGAGAGCUCAGAAAGCUGAAGAAAUGUCUGAAAGUCUGGAGGAACAACUGAAAGCAGCACUGCAGAAGAUCCAGGAGCUGGAAGUAAAAUCCUCAGCAGCAGAAGAAAACAAUGAAACUGUUAAUGAAACCACAGCUCACGUUGAAGUUAAAAGUGAACAACUAAGUCUCCCUGUACCGACAAAAAAGAGGCCAAAAUCAAGUAAAGCAAAGCAGCAUAAAUAAGAGCUUCUGUGUGUACAAUACCAUAUUACUGUAAGACUCCAUACACGUGCCUUGUCUCCACUCAACCGCUGUGCAUCUGCAGAACUUGUUAAUCGUAAUUCAAGAUUAUUGCAAUAAUCCUUCUUUUCUGACAUUACAAUAAGAUUAAAUCUUAAAUGAUGUCACAUUCACCUGGGAGUACGAUAAUGCAUCAAUGCUGUGAUAUUGUAAAUUACAAUAAUGAAUAUUCCUUUUAUAACAAUAGAAAUUAAAUUAUUUUAAAAAGUCAAAUUUACAGCAUA